AUGGCCAAGGAUAGGGAUACGGAGGCUAUGGACCUCUACGCUCACCCUUCCCAUGAUACUCUCCAGGCAGCUGGUGCGAUGGUACUGCAGGACGAGCACGGCAAAGACACACCGUUCAGUCAACUCACCGAGUCCGGCACCAACAAUUCAACGUCACCAGUCCACCUCAUCGUCUUCAUCCGCCACUUCUUCUGCGGUAACUGCGAAGAGUACACCCGCGCACUCACUCGCACCUUCCCUUCCCCUUCCACCCAUAAUCCGCCCUUCACGCUUAGCAUCAUCGGCUGUGGGGACCACAAAACCAUCCCCGACUACCGCAAACGGACUGGCUGCUCCUUCCCGAUGUACGCCGAUCCGAGUAGGCAACUGUACAUCAAGCUGGGCAUGAGCUACAAUUUGAGCCUUGGGGACAAAGGUCCACCAGCAUACAUGACGACAGGCUUGGCGCAGACGGCCGUGACAGGCUUGUGGAACGUGUUAAUGAACGGUGUAGGCGGGAUGACGGGCCAAAAGGGAGGGGACUUCAAGCAGAAUGGCGGCGAGUGGUUGUUCCAAGGUGGAGAGCUGAAGUGGUGUCAUCGCAUGAGCCACACCAGAGAUCAUGCCGAGGUGGCGGAGCUCGAGAAGGUGUUG